AUGUUAGUACAGCACUUCGGUGGAACACCGUUAUCAAAACGCAUGCAGUUCACCAGUACAAACCAGAACAAUGGUGUUGUGUUCUCAAAUACGAUGUUGGGAAACGUCACACGACGAAUUGUCUACGCUGUGUUAUGGGGCGUGUUUUGCAGUUUAUUUACUUCCGGUACUCACGAUUUGGAUUGGUGUGAAUUUGAAUUCCACAUGAGCAAACUAGAUUGGGCAGGUGCGCACGCAGUUUGUCGAGAGACCAAUAGGACCUUAGUUAGAAUCAAUGGAUCGUAUCAACAUCAGUACUUGACUGCCUUGUUCGCCACUAGUAUGUCAAUGAUAGCAGUGGGACUGACUGUCGAACCGACAAUGUGGAUUGGCCUACAUCACGACGCUGAAAGUUCUCUGCGAUGGGCCGGAUGUGACGUUUUCACGUCAGAGGAAGACUACGGCCCAGUGCGAGAAGAUACAGGACCAGGCUGUUUCCUUCUGGACACCCGUUAUACCCAGUACACUACAGCGGCAUGCCGGGAAUCAAAACAGUUUCUAUGUCAGGCAGAAAGCAUUGAUGUAGAAUCUUGUUUCACACUGACACAAAACGUACCGGAUAUGACGUACGUUACCCAGGCAACAUACAGAAGUAAGACCCAUUCCAGUGAUUGUUUCGACCUCUGUACAGACUCAUGUCUAGGAUUCAAACAUGACAUUAGUGCUCAUAAAUGUUCCAUGAUGCUUCGUGGAAUUGGCGGGAAAAGUGGUCAAAAGGGGAUGCUUUAUGUCAAAGGACUUCUGAAACUUGAUAGCCAUGGAAACAACAGCGCCAACUACCUUCCUUCUGACGUUUGCUCAGAGUAUCUAAAUGACGUGACAAGCUCGUCAGAGAUCAUGCUGACCACCUCUGUAGAUUCUUCCUCGACGUGCUGGCUGGGAGGUUCUGGUUUUGAAUCAACUGGGCUUCAGACUUCAAGUCGAGAUAUCGUGGAUUCAUCACAUUCGGUGACACCAGAACUAGUGACCACUGAUGUUAGGAUCAUCACGUCCCCCUCUGGUACUGACUCAGGCAUGUGUUCUACGUCAUCUGUUUAUGAGUCUACAUAUUCGCCACCUACGUGCUACUGUCCAUGUGGUGACGUAACAAACACUACGAUUACACCAAAACAACUCGAAUCAAAAAUAAACGAAAUUAAACAGACACUUACAGUGAGCAAGAAAGGUCUGUCAUCAUGGAAGAGGAAGUUAGUGAGUACCCCAGAUGAUCGUGCGUCUGCGCAGAGCAUCGGUUAUAUCGGAGCGGCCAUUAUGUGUUCUAUUGCCGCAAUAAUGGUUGUAAUGGACAUCCCAAGACUCGGAGGAGACUUCAAACGGUUUAUUAGAUCUGCCUGCUCAAGUCGUGUCCAGAACUAUGAUAUCGAAUCAAAAUGA